GAGGGGCUGAAGUCUGUCUACCCUUCAGAACUCCUCCCGUUUCUUCAGAGCCACAACCUGCGCUCGCCUUUACGAAGCUUAUCGUUUCCGCCUGGCUCAGCAGAUUCACCAUUACAGCCGUAAACGCUGCCACUACCAUAAUCUUUCUCCUUCUCUCCUUUCCACCUACUUACUAUAUACUACUCGCCUUACCCUUUGAAUGAGUUGUCUGUGACAGUGUCUUUCUUCAGCCUUUCAUUCCUUCAGCAAAAAACCCUUUAAAUCUCACUUUUCACUCUUUUAGGCAACCUAAAAGGUUAUACCGCUUGCAUGAGCGACGAAAAACGCUCCAUGCUUGGGAGCUCCCUUCCAAUCCCGACUUACGAAGAGGCGACAUCCUCCCGAGCCCAUAGCGAUGUCGGCGACAAUCCACAUACCAACGAGGAGGCGUCACACCUCUUGGCCUCCUCGUAUGGUCGGUAUCGGCAGCCGACGGUCGAAAGUGCGAGGAGUUCUCUAGAGAGCUCGUUUCUGGAGGAGUUCGAAGAUUCUGUGCGGCCAAGUAGGGAGAGUCUUGAGCGAGUGAUGGUGGAGAUGGAGAUUCUGGAACCUGGGCAGGGGGAGGAGGGUCAACGACGAGGGGGAGGGAGACUUCGGAUGCACAUAUCAAAACGCAUAUCCUCGAUAACAGACUCGCUCUCCGCCAUAUCAAUACCCCACCACUGGAGGAUUAACCCCUUUCGAUGGUUCUCUUGUAUUCGAAUACCGGAUUUGCCAUGUUUCUGUGAAGGCAUCGUUCCAUUGUAUAGGGUCAUUGGUGUUAUUGUCGGCCUGAUCGUGGUUUAUGCGUUGCUUGCGUCGGAUUCAGUUACCUUGAGUCCACCACCGGGGGCUAGUGGGAUAGUCGAGUUCGACAUAAACGCCCUUAAGGACUUUAUAAGGGAUUCGAUUGAUAGGGAUAAUAUCGCACAUUACUUGGAGUACCUGAGCCGUUUCGACCAUACCGCAGGGACUGAGGGGGAUUUUGUGCUAGCCAAGUAUGUUGAAGGGGAGUUUAGGAGCUUUGGGCUUGAGAGUGUGGGGCUCGACAAGUAUAGUGUUUACCUUAAUUUCCCUAAGCCUAACGGGAGAAAGCUUGCAAUCAUCGACCCACCAUGGGAAGCUGCACUUGAAGAGCCUAAGGCAAAUGGCGAUCGUGAAAAUACACUUGUCUUCCAUGGUUAUUCUAGAACUGGUAGUGCCACAGGUCCCUUGAUUUACGCCAAUUACGGAGCCCGUGCCGACUUUGACAAACUUGAGUCGCAAGGGCUCAACCUGACAGGCUCAAUCAUCUUGGUUAGAUAUGGUGGGACGCAGAUGGAUAGGGCUCUCAAGGUAAAGGCUGCCGAGGAACGAGGUGCGGCAGCCGUGAUUGAAUUUUCUGAUCCGAAGACUGAGGGGUGGGAUCUGCCUGAGGGCUUUGUGCAGAGGGGUUCUGUGAGCCUGAUGAGCUUCAUGGUGGGGGAUGUAUUGACGCCGGGAACACCGAGCAAGCCGGGCUAUGACAGGAUCCCACUAGAGCACAACCCUGGGCUUGUCGGGGUCCCCUCAUUGCCUUUGUCUUGGGACAAUGCGAGGCAUCUUCUCCAAUCGCUGAAGGGUAAAGGGUCCAAGGUUGAAGAAUCAUGGACGGGAGACACGCGAGGUGUCGAAGAGUGGUGGACGGGCUCAAUCAAUGAUUCAUCCGUUGUAGUCAAACUGGAAAAUGAUCAAGUCGAGGAGAAACGGCAUCCUAUCUGGAAUGUCCUCGGAUAUAUCCGGGGCUCCGACGAUCACACAAAGCGUAUUGUGGUGGGGAAUCAUAGGGAUGCAUGGUGCUUUGGUGCUAGUGAUCCUAAUUCUGGAACUGCAGUGAUGUUGGAGGUUGCUAGACUGUUUGGAAAGCUGUUGGAAAUGGGCUGGAGACCUCAGAGGAGCAUAAUAUUCGCUAAUUGGGAUGCGGAGGAGUAUAAUCUGAUUGGGUCAACUGAAUAUGUGGAAGAUAAUAUUGAUGACCUCCGCCUGCAUGGCAUGGCAUAUAUCAACCUUGAUGUUGCAGUAUCAGGCAGAGAAUUCCGUGCUGCUGGAUCGCCUCUCACCCAGCAACCGCUCUUCAAUGUCCUCGAAAGAAUACAAAGCCCUUCAGGAAACGGUACGCUGCGAGGCGACUGGGGUGACAAAUUUCUUCCUGGCUUAGGUGCUGGAAGCGAUUAUGUUGCUUUUCAGGAUUAUGCAGGAGUCUCUUCGAUAGAUAUCGGUUUCGCAGGUGACCCGUUUCCAUAUCAUAGUUGCUACGAUACUUUUGAGUGGAUGAAGAAUACCGGAGAUCCAGGAUUCAUUCAUCACCUUGUCAUCGCCCAAGUUCUAGGCGUUUUAAUUAUAGAACUAGCUGAUACACCUGUUUUGCCCUUUAAUAUGGUUGACUACGCGCACGCACUUGGGCGAUACACGGACGAUCUGGAGGAGCAUGCUAGGAAGGUCAUGCGGACACAAUCGCCUGACACUAAGCCAUUGGAUUUCAAAGAUCUGAGGCAUGCUGUCGAGUCUGCCGAGAAGAGACUGAAGGAAUUCGAUGAGAAACAUGAAAAUUGGAUGGAUUACGUUGGGACAGGGCUAGAUACGAAUGGAAUAAUUGCUCGGCAAAGCCGAAACGCCCGAAUGAGUAACUUUGAAGAACAUCUGCUAGAUCUAUCCAAGGGAGGUGGAUUGCCCGGGAGAGAGUGGUUCAAGCAUGUUGUAUUCGCACCUGAAGCAUGGAGUGGAUAUGACGCGGGAUACUUCCCAGGUGUCAGAGAUGCAUUGGCCGGUAAAGACUGGGAGUUGGCUCAAAAGCAAGUCGAAAAGAUUGCAAACGUCAUCGACAAGGCAUCCUACAAGCUCCUCAAUUAGGAGUCACACAAAAAGGUUCGGGACAUGAACGACUUCAUUCUCUUGCACCUCGUUUGUAUGAAAGGCGCUUGGUGUGGUUUUUUUCCCCUUUUUUUCGUCGUUUUGAAUGCAUUAGCGGGAGCAUGUACCAUCUUUUACAUUUCUUUCCCUUUCCCUUCCACCCCCACCACCUGUUUCUCUUUCUUCUCGUCUCCACACUUUUUAGCGUGUUUACGUCUGGGCUUUCUCUUUCUCUGUUUUCAUCAUAUUUUGAAUUGUAUAGUUGGCCUCUUCUCCGCUCAAGAGCUACCGGUGUGUGUGGGUAGGAUGCUUGGGCUUGAUGGGGCAUUAAGAUGUUCUUUUGAGUACCCCCAAAGGUCUUCAGUCUUUUGGUGUGGCGCAGAAGGUUGUAUAUAAAUUGGAUUAUCAGGUUGAUAAUGGGCGGGGUUUAUUAGAUAGAUGGGAUAAUAGGCUUGGCUCUACUUUUGGUGCUGAGGAUUUACUUUCUGGAAA